UAGCAACUCCUUUAUCAUAUUUAUGUAAUGAUGCACAUCAGUGAGUAGUACUAUGUCUUAGGUUCAUUCCAUACGCGACCAUUUGUUUAACCAAGGUUCCCUGUUCGGUUGCCUGUAAAAGCGGCUGAUGCUGAUUUGUUGUGAGAAAAAAACACUGUUGGCUAGCCAUAAUAUUCUAGCUGAUAAGUUCAAGAGCUUGUAGCUUUUUCAGUUUUUGUUCAGUUUCUAGCAUCUGUGCACUUUAUUGUUGUUAGUGCUCUAGGCAGACAUUUCACGCGCUACAAUGUGCAAUGGGUACUGGAAAUGGAAUGGCACAAUCUCUAUUGCAUGCUGCUCAAUCAUCAAAGAUCAGUAUUUUUUUCCACGUUUUUUGUCACCUUUCAUCUAGCAGCCCCGUCAUCUCUCUUCAUUAUCUCACCCAUCUAUGUGUUUGAACAAUUGCUGAUGCAGCUUCUUUCUGUUACACAGGUCAUAAACGUGCACUUGAUGUUACUUCUGUUAUGCAGGGAAAUUGGGAAAGACAAGGUUCUUUAGUGUCCUGAUGCUUACAUGGGGUCUAGUGGCUGAUAUUGAUAUUGGAUCAAAGAAGUAUAGGUGGAUGGGAAGUGCUUGCCUCGAAUUUUAUGACCAGGUUUUGAAGAAGUUGGUCAUCAUGUGGAGCAAACUACCAGUUGUGAAACAAACGGAGUUAGCAAAGUAUUUUGAGAAGACAAAGCAACUGACAGCAACUGUGAAAGGUGUGACUGUAGGCCCGUCGAUCAAAGAAGCUGAUCUUGCAUGGAGAUCACUGAAUGGUGCUCUAUAUAAUAGCUCAAUCCCAGCUGCCAGGCGACUGAAAUCGACGGCCUGGGCUGCAGUGAUUAACAGACGGCAUUGGAUAAUGACAAUGUGAUUCUCAAUUCUUGAUUCUUGCACCAAACUGUAAAAACGAAACAAAAUUCUUGGAUUCGCAACAUUGCCAAAUGAGACUACCAGCUUUCUGUU